UUGAAAAAAGAAAAAAAGAAAAAAAAAGUGGUCUGUCGUUAAAGAGUGAUGCGGUAAUAAAAUUCUGAAAACCGCUAAAUUGAAACUUUUUCUAUCUUUAUACUGCAAAAAUUUUUCACGCAAAACCCUUUAAUUUCCAACCUCUUUUUCUUUUUUUUUUUUUUUCUUUUGUUGGAUUUCUAAUUAGUUCGAAACACUUUCCACACUCAAAAUUCACUGGAAAUCAACGCUCAAGCAAAUUCACUCAAAAUCAAGAAAUUCAAGACCUUUGCUCGUAAUUGUUGGUGAAACGGCUCAUCAAUUUUCCAAAUUUGAAGCUAAAAAGGGUUAAUUUCAGACUUUCGGUAAGUUUAUGUCUUUGUUUUGAAUUGGGGUUUAUUUCAGAAUCAAUUCUUGUUUAUUUCAGAAUUGGGGUUUAUUUCAGAAUCGGGGUUUGAAUUGGGGUGAUUUCAGAAUUGGGGUUUGAAUCAAUUCUUGUUAAUCUGUUGAUAAUUAGGAGUUUUUCUAUAGAUAAUGUGUAUAAAUUGGGUUUGAAUCAAUUAUGGCUAUGAUAAAUCUGAAAAACUGAUUUGAUUAAGUUGGUUCUUAUGUUUUGUUGAUAAUCAUGUUCGUUUCUCCCUUUUCAUUUUAUUCUCAAUUGAAUUAUGCUAUUUGCUUUUUGGUUUGAUAAAUUAUGUUAAUAAGUACUUUGAAUUUAUUUUUCUGAACUUUUUAAUUGUUUGCAUGUUCACUUUCCAACUUCCUGAUGAUUCAAUGUAUGUAUAUGGAUUUAUUUUUUUCAUGUUUUCUAUAAUAUUGUGCAAAGCUGUCGAAUGAAUUUCUGGGUGUUUUGGUUGUAUAUUUAUAGUAUUAGUUAAAAAAAAAAUUCACAAGAUUUGUUAAUUUGAAUUUCUGAUAUGUAUUGUAAAAGGACAGCUUUGUUAAUUUGUGUGUUUUAAUGAAUUUUGUAUGAGAAGUUAUUGAAAAAGGACAUGGGUAUAUAACUUGAGUACUGUAGAAUCGGAAGGUAUUAAAACUUUUAUAACACCUUGUCUUCCACUGCCCCCCAAUCUUCUCACUGGCACACCACAUAGCUUCCCCAUCAGUAGUCCUAGCAUCCACCCUAAUCCCACAUCCUAUCCCCUCCAACCCUCCCACAUCAACAUUAAUUUUGAUAAUACCUGUGGGCGGUGUACUCCAGCAAUCUUUGCCUCUCAUAGUGGUCUCAGCUGGGUGCGAAUCUCACCAUCCAUUUCAAUCAUGAGCUUUCCUACAUACUCCAAUAACUCACUAGCGCUCUUCCAUUCAUUCUCAAACAAACCCCAGUUUCUGGCACCACAUAUGACCCCAACAAAUCACCAUUACCCACCUUUUCUCCUGCGCACUUAACCCCUUAAAAGACUGCAGCACCCAGCCUACAAAAGACCUCCAGUUACCUUCCACAGCCCAUCUAAAACCACUUGCUUCCCAGACAUCCAAGGCAUGCAGACAGCAGAAAAUAGCAUGGCAAACACUCUCAUCAGUCUCCUCACAAAUUCUGCAGUUAGGCGAAAUGCUAGAAACACUUUUGUUCAGUCCCUUAUUUGUGGGUAACGCUUCGCGACACGCCCUCCAGAAAAAGGUUUUAAUUCUAGGGUUGACCUGCAUACUCCACACUCCUCUCAUUUCACCAAGAUCUGAGCAGCUACCCCCCUCCUCCUCCCCUCCAUGUAUCAAAUUAAACACUCACUUAACUACUCUUGACUCUAAUUUCUCUUUUAGUGAUAUUGUUUUAUAUUUUGAGUUUGAUUAGCUUCAGAGUAGUUGCAAAGUUGCAGGUCUUUUUGUAAUUUCUAGGAAAUCAAUAAUGAUGUCUCAAACUCUUAAAGUAGGUAAAUAGACAUAUUUUUGAGAUAAAAUUAAGUGAUUGAAUAAUGGUUCUAUUUAUAUGGACGAAAGUUUUAUCUUUAUUACAAAGAUUGUAAAAUAAAAAAAAUGAUAUGUAAACUAAGGUUUCAUUUACUAGACCUAUAAUUUACUAAGCUAUAAUUACUACGAUGAAACAUAAUCAAGUAUGUAAACACAAUCAGACACUUAGUUUUGUUUCUACUUUUAUUUUUUUUUAAAGAUAGUUUUGUUUCUACUUAGUUCCAUCUAUAUUUGAGAUUAUUGUGUUUAUCUUAUUUUAUGUUUUUUUUUUUUAUUUUUUUUAUUUUUUUUUAUUGCUUAUAGAAAAUGACUCCUAGUAAGGAUUCGAUGACCAUUGAAGAUUAUGUUAAUGGCCCAUUGUAUGUGGAGGGAGUAGAUAAUUUUUUAGACUAUGCAUUGCAAAAGUUAAAAACUUCGACAAUACGUUGUCCUUGUUGUCAAUGUAUGAAUAGGGAGUCAGGUAAUCGUGAAAAAGUCAGAAAACAUCUACUAGUUUUUGGAGUUGUUAAGAGGUAUACCUUUUGGUAUCAUCAUGGAGAGGAGUUAGAUGAGACUCAACUCGAUUCUGAUGAUGAGGCUGAUGGGAGAGAUCAUGAAGACCAUGAUGAAAUGCUUAGAAUCUUGCGGGAUCUUCAUCUAGAGUACCAUGAUGGGAGUUCACCCAUUGAUGUUAAUAAUGUUGAGGAGCCAAAUGCCGACACUAAGAAAUUCUAUAGUUUACUGAAAGAUUCACAAGAUCCAGUUUAUGAAGGUUGCAAGAGUUAUAGAAUGUCAGCACUCUUAAAACUCCUUCAUAUCAAGACUCUUGAUCGCUGGAGUAAUGAAUUGUUUACCAUGCUAUUAGAUUUCCUUAGCUUUUUCCCAAAGGAUCGAAUUUGCCUGAAUCUUACUAUGAGUCAAAGAAGAUCAUGAAAUAUUUGGGGCUUUCUUAUGAGAGAAUUGAUGCUUGUGUCAAUGAAUGCAUGUUUAUUGGAAGGAUAAUGAGAAGUUGGAUGGAUGCAAUGUGUGUAGUGCUUCAAGAUGGAAAAUUAACAAACAUAACGGGGAGGACAAAUGUAAGAAAUGGUAAGAGAAUACCUCAGAAAACACUGCGAUACUUUCCUCUAAAACCAAGGCUUCAAAGACUAUUCAUGUGCUCUAAAAUUGCUUCUUUGAUGACUUGACAUCAUGGUAAAAAGAAGAAAGAUGGUAUGAUGAGACAUCCUGUAGAUGGAUCGGCUUGGGAAUCAUUUGACAAAGAGUUUCCUGAUUUUGCAUCAGGUCCUCGAAAUGUUAGGUUAGGGCUUGCUAGUGAUGGUUUUCAACCCUUUGCAAAUUCAAAAACCAACUAUAGUAUUUGUCCAGUGGUUCUUAUUCCCUAUAACUUACCCCCCGAGCUUUGUAUGAAGCAGUCAAAUAUGAUUCUGUCAAUGCUUAUUCCUGGUCCUAAAGGUCCGGGUAACGCAUUUGACGUAUACCUGCAACCCUUAAUCGAGGAAUUGAAUGACUUAUGGGCCAUUGGGGUAAAUAAUUUUGAUGCAGCAACUCAACAUCAUUUUCAACUGCGUGCAGCUUUGAUGUGGACUAUUAAUGAUUUUCUAGCGUAUGCAAUGUUAUCUGGAUGGAGUACUAAGGGUUAUCUAGCAUGUCCUUGCUGUCUUAAAGAUACCUGGUCGUAGAGGCUAUCUCAUGGGGGCAAAGAAUGCUUUGUGGCCAUCGAGUGUAUUUGCCAAAUAAUCAUAGAUGGCGAAAGGAUAAGGCUUCAUUUGAUGGAACAGUUGAGCAUGGUUUACCUCCAAAGCCUUGUUCAAUCGACGAAAUUCUUCAUCAGCUAGAGGAUCUCGAAAAUAUCAUACUGUCUAAUGAUCCACGAGUGAAGACAAAGAUAUCUCAUGAGCUUAGGGGAGACAAUUGGAAUAAGAAAAGCAUUUUCUUUAAGCUUCCAUAUUGGAGCACACAUCUAUUACGACAUAAUUUGGAUGUGAUGCAUAUUGAGAAAAACAUAUGUGAAAGCAUUCUUGGUACAAUGAUGAAUAUUAAAGGGAAGACACAAGACACCAUAAAAUCUCGUCAUGACUUACAGGCUAUAGGGUUGAGGCCAUCAUUGCAUCCAACCAAAGAAGGGGACAAAUGGAAGAUGCCACCAGCCCCAUUUACUUUUUCCUCUGUCAAAAAGCAAAAAUUCUGCAAAUUUUUGAAAGAUUUAAAGGUUCCCGAUGGUUUUUCAUCUAAUUUAUCAUAUUGUGUUAACUCUAAGGAGGCCAAAAUUUCAGGUUUAAAGAGUCAUGAUUACCAUGUCAUACUCGAACAUCUUCCUUUAGCAAUGCGUGGCCUACUAACUCCACUUGUACGUGAAGCACUAAUUGAGUUAUCAAGGUAUUUUAUAUAUUAUGUGCUAAAGUAAUCAAUGUGGAAGAGUUGAAGCAACUAGAGUCUCAAAUUCCUAUUACUCUCUGCAAAUUCGAGAAAGUAUUUCCUCCUUUAUUUGAUGUGAUGAUGCAUUUGCCUAUUCAUCUAGCUAGUGAAGCCAUAGCUGGGGGUCCUGUUCAGUUCAGAUGGAUGUACCGUAUUGAACAAUAUAUGUACAAGCUUAAGUCUUAUAUAAGGAAUAGGGCUCAUCCAGAGGCUUCGAUUGUAGAGGGCUAUUUAGCAGAUGAGUGCAUGACUCUUUGCUCAAGGUACAUGCAGAAUGUUGAAACUAGAUUUAAUCGUCUUGAGCGAAAUUAUGAAAAUGCAUAUAGUGGUGAUGAGGCCUUUCCUAUAUUUAGUCAUCUUGGUCGAGGCUUAGGUGCUCCCAAUAUCAUUGAUGUUCCAAAGUGUGAGUUAGAUCAAGCUCAUAAUUAUAUUUUGAAGAAUUGUGAUGAGGUUCAACCGUUCCUUGAAAAAUUUUGUCAGGCUAAUGCAACCAAUGGAUUAUCUGAGGAGGAAUGGAGUGAGACUAAAGAAGAAGAACAUUAUGGUUGAUCUUACUGGACAUACUCAUAGACCAUCUAAUCUAAGAUCUAAAAGAGAGUAUGUACCACCUCUUAUGCUCGCAAAAGGACGUGGAAAGGGAUUAGCAGGUCUGUAUGCAUUCAAAAGUAAUGCUAGACCUAAUGUUGAUGGCAUUGGGGCUAGUAGUGAUCUUUUAUAGAGAAGUAAACGUCCUAUAAUCCAUUCUAGUUCUAGUGCUGAUUCUCUUUGUGUUAAUAAAGGUCAUAUAACAUCAAAUAAACGCUCUUUUGGUAAUGUUAUUAAUUAUGCUCCCACUAUUUCUCCUAAUAAUGUAGAAAGAAAUGUAAGAGCUUCCUUUAAUCCAUUACCUAAGCCCCAUAUUCAAAAUAACAAUGAUAUGAAUGUAGACGAUCAUAAUUCAUCUUCUGAGUCAUGUAAUGAGAAUAUCAAUGAUGAUAAUGAGCUACAUUAUUCUUCACCCGAAGAUGAAGAUAUGCAUUAUCAAGAAGGCUAUGCAAAUUCUGAUGGCCAUAAUAAUGAGUCAAACUUUCAAGAUGAUGAAAAUGACAAUGAAAUGGAGGCACAUACAACAGUUCAAGGAGAUGCCAGUGGUGGUGACCAAUCUACUAGUAAGAAGAAAGCAAGGGAUGAAAAAAAAGAGGAGGAAACAAAUGUAAAGAAAUUGCUAGACUAAAACCCAAUGAGAAGCUACAUAUCGAGUUCUUCAACAAUCGAGCCGUAGGGGAGAGUCACAAAGUAUUUUCAAGACAUUUGGGGAUCAUAGUCCGAGAUACUAACAUUUGUCCUCUAAGAGUGCACAAAUGGGAUGAUAUUGGGGACAGAGAAAAAGAUCACAUGUGGACAGCAGUCACGGAUGUUUUCACAAAUGAAAACAUGGAAAUUUAUAAGGAGCAUGUUCUUGGGCAUAUGAAAGAGUUGUGGACAAAUUGGAGAGGAGAUCUAUUAAGGUACAAUGUUACAAAGAAAAGACUAUCUUUAGAAGCUGCUGCUAAAGGUAAUCCACCUAAGGGACUUGAUAAGCAAGAGUGGAGCUGGCUCAUAAAGGAAAUUUUUUCAAAGGAUGACUUCAAGAAAAGAAGUGAAAGAAACUCUGUUGACCGAAGUAAAUAUCCUAAAGCGUUAAUGCCACGUACUGGGAGCAAGCCUAUUAGGCAAAUCAUUUGGGACGAUUUGGGAGGAAGUAAAGGGAAUAAACCUACUUUGGUUGAUGUGUUUUAUACCACUCGCAAAAUUGGCAAUAGCCUUCCUAACGCGGAGACAAUCCAGAAACAUGCUGAAAUUCAAGAAACAAUGGAAAAAGAUCCAUCACUUUUUAUGUCCAGGUUGCACAAAAGGUUUUUAAAUCCAAGUCUUGAGAUCGUGUUGUUGGUUUAGGUGGAGGAAUAACUUUAAAAGAUAUGAUUGGACCACAACCAAGUAGAGAAGAGCUUCAAAUUGAGUUGACUGCAGCCCAAAAAAAAAAA